UAAGGAUCUAAAUUUUUAGGCUGUUGUGUGCCAAAGAGAUAAGAAUUGGACUUGAUAAAGAUUCUCCAUGUAUUCUUAUGGAGACAAAUUCUAUAAAACCUCACACUUUUCGCAAAGGGGCACCACAGUCAAGACUCAGCUUGGCAGAGUGAUGUGGUCCAUCAUUUGCAGAUCUCCACAACACAAUUCUGAUUCCUUUGUUCACACUACUUUUCCUUAUAAUAGGAGGCACCGGUGAAGCGCACCCUGGAUGGAUCCCAUUCCAGUUGACUCCUCCCCCCGCGACGGGUGCAGGUUAAACUGUCCCACGGCGCCACAAUCCUUCGACCGAACUCGCAAUGAGAAAGUGAGAUCGGUUUCGGAGUGGAGACGGAGCAAGGAGCAACUAGCGAAAGAUACUGACAGGAAAUUGUUGGUAGAAAUUGAGAGAGAAAAGCUUAACUUGGGUCGUCCAAUUGAAAACAUGGCUUGGGUGCUGAAGAUGGAUGAUAGCUCUGUCGAGUCGGGGCUGGUGCAUGACUUCGAUGCCAGUCUCUCUGGAAUCGGGCAAGAACUGGGCGCCGGCGCCUACAGUAUGAGUGAUGUCUUGGCACUGCCCAUUUUCAAGCAGGAAGAUUCAAGCCUCCCCCCAGACAGCGAGACCAAAAACCCUCCAUUCCAGUAUGUUCUGUGUGCUUCCACCUCGCCAGCAAUCAAACUGCACGAUGAGACCCUCACAUACCUGAACCAAGGUCAGUCCUAUGAAAUCCGAAUGUUGGAUAACAGAAAGAUGGGAGAACUGCCUGAAGUGAACAGUAAAACAGUGAAGAGCAUAGUGAGAGUGGUGUUCCAUGACAGGAGGCUUCAGUAUGUGGAGCAUCAGCAGCUGGAGGGCUGGAGGUGGAAUCGCCCCGGAGACAGGCUGCUGGAUGUUGAUAUCCCAAUGUCUGUUGGAAUUAUUGACCCAAGGACAAACCCAAACCAGCUCAAUGCAGCUGAAUUUCUGUGGGACGUUACAAAGCGCGCUUCAGUUUUUGUCCAGGUACAUUGCAUCAGCACAGAAUUUACUCCUAGGAAGCACGGUGGUGAGAAGGGUGUUCCGUUCAGAAUUCAGAUCGACACUUUCAAUCAGAAUGAGAAUGGAGAAUACACUGAUCACCUCCAUUCAGCCAGCUGCCAAAUCAAGGUCUUCAAGCCAAAGGGAGCAGACAGAAAGCAGAAGACUGACCGAGAGAAGAUGGAGAAAAGGACCCAGCAGGAGAAAGAAAAGUACCAGCCUUCAUAUGACACCACCUUCCUGGCAGAGUGUUCUCCUUGGCCAGACAACGCCUAUGUGAAUACCACGCCAACAUCUGCUCCUACAUUUACCUCUACAGUGCACAGCACUUUCACUGUUCCAGACAGGCGAGGACAUUCAAGUUUGGAACUGAGCAGCACAAGCAGUUCCUCGUCACCAAAUCAUCAGGGAGAUGUUCUAGCCAACGUGGCUAUUGAACAAAUUGGCCCAACUGCUUCUAUACAGGAGGCGCAGCAAUGGCUUCACAAGAAUAGGUUUUCUGCAUUCGCACAAAUAUUAUCAAACUUCUCAGGUUCUGAUUUACUUAAGCUGACGCGAGAGGAUCUGGUUCAAAUUUGUGGCCCAGCUAAUGGAAUUCGACUGUUUAAUUCACUUAAAUUAAGGUCUGUUAGGCCACGCUUGACUAUCUAUGUCUGUCAGGAAGCAACGCAGCCAGAAACUCUUUCACAGCUGGAAAACCAGCAAGAGACUGAGACUGGAGAACACAACAAUAGUGCAAUAUAUGUGUAUCAUGCUCUCUACUUGGAGGAGAUGACUGCAACAGAGCUAACCAGGAAGAUUGCCUCAGUUUUUAAUAUCUCCUUAAAUCAGAUUAAUCAGGUUUAUAGACAGGGUCCAACGGGCAUACAUAUACUCGUCAGUGAUCAGAUGGUGUACAACUUUCAAGAUGAAAGCUGUUUUUUAAUCAACACAGUGAAAGCAGAAAACAGUGAAGGUCAUCACGUGAUAUUGAAGUGAAGCAUGCCAGCUAACGUUGGACUGGUAUUUCAACAGGAAGAAAUAAUUUAAAAGAAAAUGUGCAAAAACAGCCUUUUAAAAGAAGCAUUGAGCAAAUCCAAGCUGAUGUUCGAAUCUGAUUUAUAGUGUAUAAGAAUGUUUCAUAUUGAAAACAGAAAGAUAUUAAAUAAAAGUCAACAGAUAAGCCACUGUCUCGAAUCUCCCGUCUCCUGCGGCAUAAUCCUUAACACUCACUCAGCCUUUCAUUUUUUGAAAGCAAGUAAAUGCCUGUAUAUAUGAGUUUUUGCACGGGUGGUUGGUUCCUUAUCUUGCUAGAAGUAUGGAGUGAAAUGUUUCACUUGCAGGUAUUAUAUUUUGACUUCUAUUGUAAAAGAUGUGGCGUACACACCUGAAGAAGCCUCAAUAUGGAAAAGAAUACUGUAAAACUGAAAUACUGUAAAAUAAGAAUACUGUAAUACUGAAAUAUCUGCAACUUUUGUGAAUGUCUCACUGUGGACAUUUACAGCAACACAUGUUUAUGCAUGUAAACUAUACAUAUACUGUAUAUAAACUGAGUUGAGUAAUUAUGAAAAUUAUGUGGCAUGUAUGUUUUGCUAAUUUUAAUAAAAGCUAAAUUAGUGAAUAUAUUUAGUGCCAGCAAACAUUUCAUGUUUUACAGUAUUCUCUCUCUCUCUCUUCAAAAUGCUGCCUUCCCCUGCCUGUUUGCACAGUCGCCCAAAGGCCCGCUUUGCAGGCUGUAUUACAGUGAUGCUAGUAGUCACUUAGCAGCCUCUGGGGUGAUGUUGUUAAGGGAAUGAAAAGGAUAGCAUAGAAGUUUUAUAAAAUGAACCAGCUCUUACAGCCAGGAUUUUAUUUAUGCUUUACAUGGAAAUGCAUAUCCAUACAGCUACUGCAGAGGUGGUGGGUGUACUGUUUUCUUGUUGGGGCCAUUUAAUUAGACUGAUAUCACAGUGUAACAAAUUUUUUUUUUGUUCCUGGGUAGUAAGUGUUAUUUCCUAAUUGCUU